AGAACGUUGUUGUGUAAAUGAUCAGUUUUCCACUGACAAAAUGUCGAAACUGUAUGUGUUUAGAGAAUUUAUCAGUGAGAUAUUAUCAACGGCAGCUUUGGAGAUUUUCGGAGGGGUUGAAAAAACGUUAAUUGAGUAUAAAGAAGAAAUCUCUCGUUCCGAGGAGGAGAGAAAGCGGCUACAACGGCUGUUGAACGUUGUUACUCAACCCAAUAUUGCAGAAGUCCAGCAGCUCUCUUUCCUGGAGCCCCCAAAGAUUAAAGAGGAACAGGAGCUGUGGACCAGUCAGGAGGAAGAGCACCUCCAAGGACUGCAGUCUGAAACUACAGACUCCAUGUUCACCAGGGACUCCAACUUGCAUAUCAGAGCAUUUCUCAGUGAGAGGUUAACAACAGCAGCUUCAGAGAUUUUCGGGGCCAUUGAAAUAACAUUUGCUGAGUACCAAGAAGAAAUCUCUCGUUCUGAGGAGGAGAGGAAGCGGAUACAACGGCUGUUUGACAUUGUUGCUCAACCUGAGAUCAAGCUACACCGAACAGAAGUGCAGCAGCUCUCUCUCCCGGAGCCCCGACAGAUUAAAGAGGAACAGGAGCUGUGGACCAGUCAGGAGGAAGAGCAGCUCCAAGGACUGCAGUCUGAAACUACAGACUCCAUAUUCACUUCUCUCAGUGUGAAACAUGAUUCGGAUCAAGAUGGCUCAGUUGAAUGUUCACAUCUUGACCAAGCUGUCCAAGUGGACAACAGAGAAGGAGACUCUCUACACACCAACACAACUGAGGAGCAAAUCAAAGUAGAUCCUGAAGAACAUAACUAUGCAGCACCGCAACCAGGCAGUGACUCUCAGCCCCUCUCUGUUGUAGCUCCAGACUGUCCUGCAGCUCAGAGUUUGGAGGAGGAGGAACAUGGAGGAGUGAUGCCUUUGCUAGAAACAGUCAAAUCAAGCAGAAAAAGAAAGAACAUGACUCUUCCCAUGGAAGGUACGCCACAGGGAAGCCACGCAGGAGACAAACCUUAUCAGUGUCAAGAAUGUAACAAAACUUUUAGUUGGAAAUCUCGUUUCGUUGUUCACAUGAGGACGCACACUGGAGAGAAACCUUAUCAGUGUCUAGAAUGUACCAAAACUUUUAGUUGGAAAUCUCAUUUAGUUGUUCACAUGAGGACACACACUGGAGAGAAACCUUAUCAGUGUCUAGAAUGUAAGAAGAGCUUUACUUUGAAGCAAACUUUGCUUAAUCAUAUGACAAUACACACAGGAGAAAAACUUUAUCAGUGUCCACAUUGUGGCAAAAAAUUUGUUCAAAAGGGUAGUUUGGUUUUACACAUGAAGAGACACACAGGAGAAAAACCUUAUAAGUGUCAACAUUGUAGCAAACAAUUUUUUCAAAAAGGUAAUCUGGUUGCACACAUGAGGAUACACACGGGAGAGAAACCAUUUCAGUGUCAAGAAUGUUACAACACCUUCAGCCGCAAAGAUAGUUUGGUAUUGCAUAUGAGAACACACACGGGAGUGAAACCGUAUCAAUGUCAGGAAUGUAGUAAACGCUUCAUUUGCAAGGUUAACAUGGUUACACACUUGAGGACACACUAUGCAGGAAAAUCAUAUCAGUGUUUGGAAUGUAACCAAAGAUUUCGUCUAAAGUACAAUUUUGUUGAACACAUGAGGACACACAAGGGAGAGGAACAGGAGCUGUGGACCAGUCAGGAGGAAGAGAAGCUCCAAGGACUGCAGUCUCAAACUACAGACUCCAUAUUCACUUCUCUCAGUGUGAAACAUGAUUCGGAUCAAGAGGGCUCAGUUGAAUGUUCACAUUUUGACCAAGCUGUCCAAGUGGACAACAGAGAAGGAGACUCUCUACCCAGCAACACAACUGAGGAGCAAAUCAAAGCAGAUCCUGAAGAACAUAACUAUGCAGCACCAGAACCAGGCAGUGACUUUCAGCCCCUCUCUGUUGUAGCUGCAGACUGUCCUGCAGCUACAAGUACAGCUCAGAGUUUGGAGAAGGAGGAACAUGGAGGAGUGAUGCCUUUGCUAGAAACAGUCAAAUCAAGCAGAAAAAGAAAGAAUAAGAACAUGACUCUGCCAAUGGAAGGUACUCCACAGGGAAGUCACACAGGAGAGAAACCUUAUCAGUGUCUAGAAUGUAACAAUGUUUUUAGUCAUAAAGCUACUUUGAGUGUUCAUAUGAGGACUCACACAGGAGAGAAACUUUUUCAGUGUCCACAUUGUAGCAAACGUUUUCCUAGUAAGGCUAACCUGGUUGAACACAUGAGGACACACACAGAACAAAAAACAUUUACUUUUAAUGGGUAUCUGGCUAAUCACAUCAGGACACACACGGGAGAGGAACAGGAGAUGUGGACCAGUCAGGAGGAAGAGCAGCUCCAAGGACUGAAGUCUGAAACUACAGAUCCCAUAUUAACUUCUCUCAGUGUGAAACAUGACUGUGAUCAGGAGAGCUCCUCUGAAUGUUCACAUCUUGACCAAACUGUUAAAGUGGAGAACAGAGAAGGAGACUCUUUACCCAGCAACACAACUGAGGAGCAAAUUAAAGCAGAGCCUGAUGAACAAGACUCUGCAGCACCAGAACCAGGCAGUGACUCUCAGCCCCUCUCUGUUGUAGCUGCAGACUGUCCUGCAGCUCAGAGUUUGGAGGAGGAGGGACAUGGAGGAGUGAUGCCUUUGCUAGAAACAGUCAAAUCAAGCAGAAAAAUAAAGAAAAAGAACAUGAAUCUGCCCAUGGAAAAUACUCCACAGGGAAGUCACACAGGAGAGAAACCUUAUCAGUGUCUAGAAUGUAACACAACCUUUAGUUGGAAAUCUCGUUUCCUUGUUCACAUGAGGACGCACACUGGAGAGAAACCUUAUCAGUGUCUAGAAUGUAACAGAACUUUUAAUUGGAACUCUCAUUUCCUUGUUCACAUGAGGACGCACACUAGAGAAAAACCUUAUCAGUGUCUAGAAUGUAAGAAGAGCUUUACUUUCAAGCGUUCUUUGCUUCAUCAUAUGAUAAUACACACUGGAGAGAAACCAUUUCAGUGUCCAGAAUGUAACAAAGCUUUUGGUCCUAAAGCUGCUUUGGUUGUUCACAUGAGGACUCACACAGGAGAGAAACCUUUUCAGUGUCCACAUUGUAGCAAACAUUUUGCUAGUAGGGGUAGUGUGGUUAAACACAUGAGGACUCACACAGGAGAGAAACCUUUUCAAUGUCAACAAUGUAACAAACGAUUUGCUCAGAAAGUUAGUCUUGUUUGUCACAUGAGAACACACACAGGAGAGAAACCUUUUCAGUGUCAACAAUGUAACAAACAAUUUUCUCAGAAAUGUAAUUUUGUUAGUCACAUGAGAAAACACACAGGUCACAAACCUUUUCAGUGUCAACAAUGUAACAUAACUUUUAGUAAGAAAGGCACUUUGACUAGACAUUUGAGGAAACACCCAAGAAAGAAACCUCAUAAGUGUCAGGAAUGUAACAAAACAUUUCGCCUAAGGAAUCAAUUGUAUCAUCAUGAGAGAACACAUAACGUGCAUAUCAGACACAAACCAUAUUGUUGUCAACAUUGUAGCAGAGGCUUUGGGUCCAACAGUGCUCUGGUUGUACACAUGAGGAUGCACACAGGAGAGAAACCUUUUCAGUGUCCACACUGUAACCAGACUUUUAGUCAAAAAGGUAAUCUGACCACACAUAUGAGGAAACACAAAGGCGAGAUGCAUAUCGAUGUCAGAUAUGUAAGAACUUUCAGUUGAAGGUAUUAGUUGGUUAUUCAUAUGAGUACAUACAGAAAAGAAGCCAUAUAAGUGUCAAGAAUGUAAAAACAUUUCAAAAGAAAUGUACUCUGAUUUAGUGCUUUACUCUAAUUCUGGUUAUCUGGUUAAUAAAAUA